CUCCCGGCUCCCAGCGCCCGGCGCGGAGCCGUUCCUCAAACGACACGCAGUAACGGCAGGUGGGAGAGAGGACGCGGGAGGCAGCGUCGUCGGAUCUGCCCGCAGUCCGCAGCCCCGCUGAGUCCGGAGGCCGCGCGGAUGGAGCCGCAGCUCCCGGUCGGAGCCCAGCCCCUUGCUGUUGUUGAGGGUGUGGAGAUGAAGGGGCCCCUCCGGGAGCCCUGCUCCCUCACCCUGGCCCAGAGGAACGGGCAGUAUGAGUUAAUAAUCCAGUUGCACGAAAAGGGACAGCAUGUUCAAGAUAUCAUUCCUAUAAAUAGCCACUUUAGAUGUGUUCAAGAAGCAGAAGAAACACUUCUGAUUGACAUAGCCUCAAACAGUGGCUGCAAAAUUCGAGUUCAGGGGGACUGGACCAGAGAGCGUCGCUUUGAAAUCCCUGAUGAGGAACACUGCUUAAAGUUCCUCUCAGAGGUCCUUGCUGCUCAGGAAGCUCAGUUACAGCUGCUUGUUCCAGAACAAAAGGACUCAUCCAGCUGGUACCAGAAAUUAGACACUAAAGACAAACCUGGGUUUUCAGGGCUUCUUGGAUUUGAGGAUAAUUUUUCAUCUAUGAAUUUGGACAGAAAAAUUAAUUCACAGAAUCAGCCUACAGGGACUCAUCGGGAACCCCCACCCCCACCCUCUGCUGCCAAUAGAAUGAUUCCACGUGAAAAAGAAGCCACUAACAAGGAGCAACCCAAAGUGACCAACACCAUGCGGAAGCUCUUUGUACCAAGUAACCAGUCUGGGCAGCGUGAGGGUCUCAUCAAACACAUCCUGGCAAAGCGGGAGAAAGAAUAUGUGAACAUUCAGACUUUCAGAUUUUUUGUUGGAACUUGGAACGUGAAUGGUCAGUCUCCAGAUAGUGGCUUAGAACCUUGGCUCAACUGUGAUUCAACUCCUCCUGAUAUCUACUGCAUUGGAUUUCAAGAGCUGGACUUGAGCACAGAAGCCUUUUUCUAUUUUGAAUCCGUGAAGGAACAAGAGUGGUCCAUGGCUGUAGAAAGGGGUUUGCAUCCUAAGGCCAAGUAUAAGAAAGUUCAACUAGUCCGCCUUGUUGGGAUGAUGCUCCUAAUAUAUGCCAGAAAGGACCAGUGGCGAUAUAUCCGUGAUGUUACUACAGAAACAGUUGGAACUGGAAUCAUGGGGAAAAUGGGAAACAAAGGUGGGGUAGCUGUGAGAUUUGUAUUUCACAACACUGCAUUUUGCAUUGUUAAUUCUCACCUGGCUGCUCACGUGGAGGACUUUGAGAGAAGGAAUCAAGAUUAUAAGGACAUUUGUGCUCGGAUGAGUUUCGUGGUCCCAAAUCAGACCCUCCCUCAGCUGAACAUCAUGAAACAUGAUGUUGUCAUUUGGUUGGGAGAUUUGAACUAUAGACUUUGCAUGCCUGAUGCCAAUGAGGUGAAAAGUCUUAUUAAUAAGAAUGACCUUCAGAGACUCUUGAAAUUUGACCAGUUAAAUAUUCAGCGUACACAGAAAAAAGCUUUUGCUGACUUCACAGAAGGGGAAAUCAAAUUUAUUCCCACUUAUAAAUAUGACUCCAAAACAGAUCGAUGGGAUUCCAGUGGGAAAUGUCGUGUUCCAGCCUGGUGUGACCGAAUUCUUUGGAGAGGAACAAAUGUCAAUCAACUUCAUUACCGGAGUCACAUGGAACUGAAAACCAGCGACCACAAGCCUGUUAGCGCUCUCUUCCAUAUUGGGGUAAAGGUUGUAGAUGAACGGAGGUAUCGGAAAGUCUUUGAAGAUAUUGUACGCAUCAUGGACAGAAUGGAAAAUGACUUCCUUCCUUCCUUAGAACUCAGCCGGAGGGAGUUUGUGUUUGAGAAUGUGAAGUUUCGGCAACUACAAAAGGAGAAGUUCCAGAUCAGCAACAACGGACAGGUUCCCUGCCAUUUUUCUUUCAUCCCUAAACUUAAUGACAGCCAGUACUGCAAGCCAUGGCUUCGGGCUGAACCUUUUGAGGGCUACUUGGAGCCAAAUGAGACAGUAGACAUUUCCCUUGACGUGUAUGUCAGCAAAGACUCUGUGACCAUCCUGAAUUCAGGGGAAGAUAAGAUUGAAGAUAUUCUUGUCCUUCACCUCGAUCGAGGCAAAGACUACUUCUUGACCAUCAGUGGAAAUUACCUCCCAAGUUGCUUCGGUACAUCCUUAGAGGCUUUGUGCCGAAUGAAAAGACCAAUUCGAGAAGUUCCUGUUACCAAACUCAUAGACUUGGAGAAAUCUCUUCUGCAGAUGGUUCCCUUGGAUGAAGGUGCCAGUGAGAGACCCCUUCAGGUCCCCAAGGAGAUCUGGCUUCUAGUCGAUCACUUAUUUAGAUAUGCCUGCCACCAGGAGGACCUGUUCCAAACCCCUGGAAUGCAGGAAGAGUUACAGCAGAUCAUUGACUGUCUGGAUACCAGCAUUCCUGAGACAAUCCCUGGCAGUAAUCACUCAGUGGCCGAAGCUCUGCUUAUUUUCCUGGAAGCCCUCCCAGAGCCAGUCAUCUGUUAUGAGCUGUAUCAGCGAUGCCUCGACUCUGCCCACGAUCCCCGGAUCUGCCGCCAGGUGAUUUCACAGCUUCCAAGAUGCCAUAGAAAUGUUUUCCGCUACUUGAUGGCUUUUCUUCGAGAACUCUUAAAAUUCUCUGAAUACAACAAUGUCAGUGCCAACAUGAUCGCUACUCUCUUCACUAGUCUUCUCCUCCGGCCUCCACCGAACCUUAUGGCAAGACAGACUCCGAGUGACCGCCAGCGUGCAAUCCAGUUCCUUCUGGUUUUCUUGCUUGGGAACGAUGAAGACUAA